AUGAAGCUGAACUUCAAGUUUGUGGUGAAGAAGUCAGUCGCUUUGGAUGCAAAUAACCAUCUGUAUCCAAUUGCAUUUGCUAUUGUGGAUAGUGAGAAUCAUGAUUCUUUGAAGUAUUUCAUGUCAAAACUAAAGGAAGCGAUUGGGGAAGUUGAAAACCUGGCGAAAUCUGAGUUCCAUGCUCACUUUGACAAAAUCAAAUCAAAAGACUCAGCUAUCACUCGGUACUUAGAAGGCAUGAGUUUUGAUAAGUGGUCUCGAGCUUACUUUCCUGGAAAUAAUAAAGAAACUAGUGAGAAGAUUACUACAACUCUUGCACUGACAUAUGAGAAAGAUUUGGUGGAUAUGGCUGAGAAAGCUCGAUUCUUGAUCAUUUAUGCAAUAGGGAGGCAUGAGUUCCAUGUGUUAGAUGGUGAACUAAAUAGUGAAGUCGACCUCCUGAAUAAGACAUGCACAUGUGGUGUGUUUCAGCUUAUUGACAUUCCAUGUGUUCAUUCACUAUCUGGAUCCCUUAAGAGAGGGGUGGACUUUUAUUCUCUGUGUUCAAAUUACUAUAAAAUUGAGACAUGGAGGUCCUCUUACACAGAAACUAUAUAUCCUACUAGUAACAAGGAAGAGUGGAUCGUUCCACAUGACAUCAAGACAAUGAAAGUGAGAACACCCGCACAAAAAAAAUCUGGUUGUUUGUCCAAAGAAGAAACAAGGUAG